GAGAAUUCUUCUUAUUUGUUUGACUUUUUAAAAUACAGCAAAAGUACACAUUCCAACUUGCACCUUCUUCUUCUUCCUCUUCAAAUAUCUGCUAGCCUCAAACCGUUACGGCAAAAGCCUAGCGACUAGCGAGUUGCGACCCACGAUUCGUAUCGCUGAUCUCUCCCAUUCUGUCUUGUUCUCUCUCUGUUCUCAACGAGGUAACUAGAGCAACAAUUCUCCCCUAUUACCUUAAUCACUCGUCCUUCUUCUCCGCCUUCAUUUCACCCACCUGUGCCUCACAAAUUCCACUGAAAUUGGAAAUUGGUGGUUUGGCUGAAUUGGAUUGAUUAGGGGAAAUAAAGCUAUUUGUAUAAAGAAAUGCAUCAGAGUAGACUGUAGGAGGUGUAGAGGGAAUCAUAUCCAAAUCAAAUCAAGCUUUGAUUAGCAGAAUUCUGAAUUAUUUUCUAGAAUAUCAUGGAAGACAUAAGUAAGGUUGGCCGAAUUGGGGAAAGAGGCCUCAAACUUCAUGAGUUAAAUGGGAUAGUAGACCAGACUACUAGUCCAAUAAGAAAAGAAAUAGUUAACAGGUCAUCUUUUGCAAUGAAGUCUCAUGAAAAUGAUGAAAUUGACUUGGAAGAUGGAAAGUUGGAAAAGGACAGAGACAAAACAGCACGUAGUAAUAGAGUCAUUAAAAUACAAAAUCAAGCCUUAUUAUCUGGCCUUGCAUAUUGCAUUUCCUCCUGCAGUAUGAUACUGGUGAACAAGCUGGUGCUUUCCACCUACGAUUUUAAUGCCGGGAUAUCUUUGAUGCUGUACCAGAAUCUUAUAUCAGUGAUUAUUGUAUCAGUAUUGAGUUUUCUGGGCAUAAUAUCAACUGAACCACUAACCUGGCAAUUGAUUAAGGUCUGGUUGCCUGUGAAUGUUAUAUUUGUUGGAAUGCUGGUUACAAGCAUGUUUAGUUUGAAAUACAUUAAUGUUGCUAUGGUCACAGUCCUGAAGAAUGUUACUAAUGUGAUAACUGCCCUUGGUGAAAUGUAUCUAUUCAGUAAGCACCACGACAGCAGAGUAUGGGCGGCUCUGUUCUUAAUGAUCAUUUCAGCAAUUUCUGGAGGGAUUACUGAUCUGUCUUUUCAUGCUGUUGGCUAUGCAUGGCAGAUAAUCAACUGUUUUUUAACUGCAUCUUAUUCUCUGACCCUACGGAGGGUCAUGGAUACAGCAAAGCAAGUCACCAGAUCUGGAAACUUGAACGAGUUUUCAAUGGUUUUGCUAAAUAAUACCCUAUCAUUACCUUUGGGAAUUAUUCUUAUUUAUGUUUUCAAUGAGGUGGAAUAUCUCUCCAAAACGCCACUAUUGAGGUUACCUCUCUUUUGGCUGGUGAUGACAUUAAGUGGAUUUUUGGGUCUGGCAAUUAGCUUUACCUCUUUGUGGUUUCUUCAUCAAACAGGGGCUACCACGUACAGCCUUGUGGGAUCACUGAAUAAGAUUCCCCUGUCAAUUGCUGGAAUCCUUCUAUUCAAAGUACCUACUAGUUUGGAAAACUCUGCAAGCAUCUUUUUUGGUUUACUGGCGGGAGUAUUUUUUGCGAGAGCCAAAAUGCGGGAGAGAUCUUAGUCCAGUUACCCUGACAUCUAUUAACUGCUGUAUCCUUGAUAAAAUGUGUCCACUUGGUUGAACUGGCUGACCAUUGUAUACUUCAUAGCAAUGGCGAAUCAGUUAAGAAGUUUUCAUUGACAAGGUAAAAAAACAUGGAGAUUUUUCCAUCCGUUUGGCCGUAUGCUGUUAAAUGUUGAAAAUUCCAUGGUGGAAGGGAGAACAGGAUUAUGCCACAAUGUAAUUGGUCACCCAGUUUGAAUGUAAUGAAAGAUGCUGCCACUUCAAUUUUAGUCAGUAUUUUCUUUGGGCAGCUCAUCUUUUUUCCUAUUGUAUUAGGUGUUCUAGUCUUUGAGGAUUCUCCUUUUAGUGGUAUUUUCUGAGCAACUUGAAUUUUAUAGAUAGUUUUCUGAGCA